AUGGCAGCAGGUACAGCGAUGGUCAUCCCUCGGUAUGCAGCGAUCAGGUCACCAGUAAUCGCAAUCAUGUCGCGAUUAAUGGCGAGCAAGUCCUCGAAGUACACGUCGAUGGAUUGGCUCAUCUCAUGCAGCCUUCGCAAGAUGAGAUUCAACAAGGGGGCACGGCUUCCGUCAUCCCAACUGGUGACGGUAUUGGCAGCAGUGGUUGAGGUCGUGACCUCCAGCAGUUUGACGCGAACGUCCAGCGGUUCGUCGGGGGGUCCUUGUGUCGGCCGGCAGUCUCCAGCAUGA